ACAAAUUCCUGAACCAAUUAAGAGACAGGAUUUAAAUGAUCGACCAAGUGAAAUAAAAGGUUUUAUGGAAACAGCAUUAUUAGCACUAGAUGACAAGAGUGGAAUUAAAGCUGAUAGCUGUCCGGAGGAGUUGGUUGAGUGUUUGAUAAAUAUCCAUAAAGUGUUGACUAAUGACGGAAAAGAGUUUGUAGAAAAAGUAGAUAGAGAAGCCAGUGAAGAUAUUGCAAAAAUGACACUUGAAGAAAGAAGACGAAAUUUCUAUCAAACCUUUGCUCUUGCCCAAAGAUUAAUGGGCGAUGCGAAAGCUAGAAAGCAAAGUCUAGAAGGAAAAACUUAUAGAGAUGUAGAAACAAAAAACCGAUUUGCUGCUAAUUUAAGUGAUUACGACCAAACAGGCAAAUUAAACUUGGCCAGUAAUCCAAUUUAUCAAGCUAGUCGUUUUAAUGCCGAUGAGCAAGCUCAAAUUAAUCAGGCUCUAAAUAUUACUCAACAACAGGCUCAAGUUCAACAGACCCCUUACGAGUGA